GAGGUGAACGGAAGUAGAUGGAAACAGGCAGGCCAGAACAACUGUGGCAGCGGAAAGACGUCCGUCCGUGCAGAGCCAAAAACCAAAAUACCCGAGUGUAGUGUUUGUUGUUCAGUUACCAGUUCCGGAUGGUGUAGAAGUAGAAGACAGGUCAACAUGGUGGCUAACUGGGAACAUGUCUCGAUGACGCUGAAACUACGAGUGUCACUUUUCGCCUUUCUUCUCCUUUUUGUCGCCUCUCUUGGCGACGACAGACUGCACGGCACACGAAGCGCCCGAGCCUCUACGGAGGAAGCAGUAGAAACUUACGACAUAUACUACCAUUAUGAUGAACUAACGAAACGUUUACAGUCGUUAGCCCAGAAAUACCCUCACAUAGCUAACCUGUCGACUGUAGGACAGUCCGUGGAGGGCAGGCAGCUGUGGGUGAUGCGGAUCACCAGGGACCCCGACAGGGAGUCACCGAGGAAACCUAAAUUUAAAUACGUUGGGAACAUGCACGGCGACGAAACCGUGUCCAGACAGGUGCUGGUUUACCUCGUGGAGUACCUGCUAACCAAAUAUGGGGAGGAAAAGCGCAUCGCUGAACUGGUGAACAGCACCGAUAUUUACAUCAUGCCCAGCAUGAAUCCCGACGGCUUUGAGAAGUCCAUAGAGGGGGACUGCAGUGGUGACAACGGCGGUCGAAAUAACGCCAAAAAUAAGGACCUAAACAGAAGCUUUCCUGACCAGUUCGACGGAACCACCGCGGAUCCAGCUACUAUCCCCGAAGUGAUGGCAGUGAUGAGAUGGAUCCAAGAGAAAAAAUUUGUGCUGUCAGGGAACCUGCAUGGUGGCACUGUGGUUGCCAGUUACCCUUUUGAUGACUCAGCCUCCCACCAGCAAGAAGGUCACUACAGCCCGUCGGCGGACGAUGGUCUGUUUCGCCACCUGGCCCUGGUAUAUUCCCAGAACCACCCUGUAAUGAAGACCGGUGAGCCUCACUGUCCUGAUACGCCAGAAGAAACAUUUAAAGAUGGCAUUACUAAUGGAGCGGCGUGGUACGACGUGCCAGGAGGGAUGCAGGACUACAACUACAUUCAUGGAAACUGUCUGGAAAUCACCAUGGAGCUGAGCUGUUGCAAAUACCCUUCAGCUUCUGAGCUCCAAAGGGAAUGGGAUCUAAACAGGGAAUCCCUGCUAGCCUACAUAGAACAGGUGCACAUCGGCGUUCGUGGCUAUGUGAAAGAUGCAGUUAGUGGUGCUGCCCUCAGCAAUGUCAGCAUUGUGGUAGCAGGCAUUCGCCACAACCUGAUGACAGGAAAAUACGGGGACUACUACCGCCUUCUGCUACCAGGAACAUACAACAUAACAGCUGUGGCUCCAGGGUACAUAUCAGCGACUGUCAGCAGUGUCGAGGUCUCUGAGGGCAAAGCAAAAGAGCUUAACUUUACCUUGACACCUGUGGUCAGUGAGGCAGCAGGUAACAGCACCACUGUAGCUACAACCUCAGUGCCGUCCAUCAGCCAUCCAGACAAUUCCACUACCAGCUCUUCUGGCUCCACCCAGACUCCGGUGGUUACUUCUGUUUCUCCAACUUCACACCAACUGGCCAACCAGCCACAGGAAUUCCGUCAUCACAACUAUGCAGACAUGGAGCUGUUUCUACGGAAGUACAGCAGCGAGUUUCCUUCUAUUACCAAUCUUUACUCUAUAGGCCAGUCUGUAGAAAAGCGCGAGCUGUAUGUGAUGGUCAUCUCAGAUAACCCUGAUACUCAUGAGCAUGGUGAGCCAGAAUUUAAAUAUGUGGCCAACAUGCACGGCAAUGAAGUGGUGGGUCGAGAGUUAAUGCUCAACCUCAUAGAGUACCUGUGUCGUAACUAUGGUACUGACCCGGAGGUCACUGAGUUGGUCAACAACACCCGCAUUCACAUCAUGCCUUCGAUGAAUCCCGAUGGCUACGAGGUAGCUGAGGAAGGUGAUAUAAGUAGCUACAAAGGGCGUAACAACACCAACAAUUUUGACCUGAAUCGCAACUUUCCUGAUCAGUUCGCCAACAUCACAGAACCCAGACAGCCAGAGACUAAAGCUGUGAUGAAGUGGCUGAAGAGCAUCCCUUUCGUCCUGUCAGCUAACCUCCAUGGAGGGUCCUUGGUGGUCAACUACCCCUUUGAUGAUGACAAAGAUGGGAAUAGUUUCUACAGCAAGUCACCUGAUGACGAGGUCUUUCAGCAGGUCUCUAGAGCCUACUCACAGGAAAAUCCUCUGAUGCACCAAGGACACCCCUGUAAGGACCUGUACCCUAAUGAAUCUUUUAAGGAUGGCAUAACCAAUGGUGCCCAGUGGUAUAGUGUUCCUGGUGGCAUGCAAGACUGGAACUACAUAAACACCAACUGUUUUGAGGUGACAAUUGAGCUGAGUUGUGUCAAAUAUCCUCUGGCCAAGGACCUGCCAAAAUACUGGGAUCAAAACCGGCGAUCCUUGCUUCAGUUUAUACACCAGGUUCACACUGGCGUGAAGGGCACAGUUUCAGAUAUAUGGAAUGGUACAGGAAUUCCCAAUGCCACCAUUAGUGUCGAGAAGAUAAACCACAACAUCACUACAGCUCAGACUGGAGAUUACUGGAGAUUGCUGGUCCCUGGGACUUACGCCAUCACUGCCUCUGCUCAUGGUUAUAAGCCUGUGACGAUCUACGCCACAGUCUCAAAGGAUCGAGUGGAGGUGGUGGACUUCAGACUGACAUCUGUGCGCUCAGAGGGUAACCGUCAUUCUUCCAGUGGCCCCCGACCCACACAGAACCCAUCUGAGAGGGAGUUUCAGAGCUUAAUCAAGGAGCUCUCUGUAGGCCAGGGUUUGGAUGAGUUGGUGAAAAACACAGCCGCCGAGAGCAACUUCCGCUACCGACCCUCCAAAGAGAUGUCGGCUUUCUUGAGAGGCCUCACGCUUAACUUUCCCCACAUUACAUCUUUACAGAACCUGAGCCAGAGUGUGGAGUAUAGGAACAUAUGGGCUUUGGAAAUCUCUAACAAACCAAGAGAAUCUGAACCGUCCAAGCCAAAUAUUCGCUUUGUAGCAGGGAUCCAUGGUAAUGCGCCAGUGGGGACAGAGCUGCUGCUGGAGUUUGCUGCCUUCCUGUGCAUCAACUAUGGCAAAAACCCAGCCAUCACCAAGCUGAUCAACGAGACUCGAAUUUUCAUUGUUCCUUCUGUAAACCCUGACGGACGAGAACGGGCUGUUGAGAAGCAGUGCAAAUCUACCCAGGGCUUGACCAACGCUAAUGGCAAGGACCUGGACACAGACUUCUUUGGCAACGCAUCACAGCGUUUGGUGGAUCCCCAACCUGAGACCAGAGCAAUGAUGAACUUCAUUCAAAGCCACCGCUUCACUCUGUCUGUAGCCCUUGAUGGAGGCGCCCUUGUUGCCACUUAUCCUUAUGACAAGCCUGUCCAGACUGUUGACAAUGAAGGCACCUUGAAGUAUUUGGCAAGUGUCUAUGCCAGCAAUCACCCCAAAAUGCACCUUGGGGACACUGAAUGUUCAAAUAAUGGGCAGAUAGGCAACAUCCCAGAUGGAGUUAUGAGAGCAGCGGAGAGAGAAAGUCACCUGGGAAGCAUGAAGGACUACAGUAUGGACUUUGGCCAUUGUCCAGAAAUCACAGUGUACACUGGCUGCUGUCUGUUUCCUCCCGCUGAGCAGCUGGCCACACUCUGGAAUGAGAACAAGAAGUCUCUGCUAAGCAUGUUGGUAGAGAUCCAUAAAGGUGUGCGAGGCAUAGUGAGAGACAAGAGUGGAAAACCAAUUGUUGGGGCGAUCGUUAUACUGAACGGAGGAGUGAGACUGUUUACUGAGGAAGGCGGCUACUUCCAUGCCCUGCUAGCUCCUGGCAAUCACAAUAUUGAAGCAGUUGCUGAAGGCUACCAACGCCAGCGUCAGAAGGUCGUGGUAUCUUCCUUUGAAGCUGCUAACUCCAUCAUCAUAGAGUUUGACAUGGACAACAACAUCUUUGGCCUUCCCAGAGAGUUCGUUGUAGCCAGUGCAGCCGCUACCAUGACAGCACUGGUGGUGACGGCGUGCAUCAUCUGGUGCGUGUGUGCCGCUAAGUCUAAUCGCCAAAAAGAUGGCUUCCACCGUUUGCGCCAACACAGAGACGACUAUGACGACGAGAUCCGGCUCAGCUCUAUGGGCUCCAAGAAGUCCCUGCUUGCCCAUGAGUUUCAGGACGAAAGCGAAAGCGACGAGGAGACUUUGUAUGCCAACAAAAUCUGAGGAACAUGGCAAAAGUUUGUUUGUUUGCUCGGUGUUUUAUUUGGAGCUCAGCCCCCUCCUCACUGUCUCCCAAAGAUCAAACCCCUGACCCACGAGGACCACCAUGAACUCGGCCUCCGUCUCUCUUUAUGGCCAAUAUGAAAGGGAUGGAGCCGGUUUCUGUUACACCAGUAUAUUCUGAGGACCCUCUCCCUGCCAUCCUGUUGGUGUCUGCACUGCAGGUCCUGCUUUUUUUCUUUUCCCCUGCAGAUAUCUCUGAUCAACUUGUUCAACGUAUGGAGCGAGGAAGAAAUUAACAAAAGGAGGGUGGAGAAAGGUGUUCACUCCACCUUUGUCCUCAUCCAGCCCUUAUAGCAGCUUGCUUCUUUGUUUUUUUUGUUGUUUUGUUUUUUUUGUUGUUAUCCGAGCCAUCCAAGAAUCCUCUAAGACGACCACACAUCCUGCCCGGUUGAGACAUCAAGCCGAAUUGUCCAAAUAACUUUAGAUAAAAGUGCGUUAUUUUCUUUGUUUCUCCUCACUGAUGUCUGUGAGCAUCAUGGAUUUAUUUUUAUAACUGCUUUGAAUUAGAAAGUAGGUUAUUUCUGUGUCCAAGCCUUUGGGAGACUGAAUCCAGUUCUGUGCCUUCUAUAAAGUUUACAGUCUCAGUCAGGCUGUAAUGUGUGGCAGAAAGUAACAUACUGGAAAUAUAAUACCAUAGUACUGGAAUUUGAUCCAUCUUAUACUCAGGUGGAGUGAAAGAGAAACUUUUUUUUUUUCUUUCUUACCUCCUUCUGCCGCCCCCCUCCCUCCAAAGAGGAGUGGAACCAUCAGGGAGAAGGUUACAAGGCUUGAAUGAAAUGUUUACCAGAAAGUGGAGUGUGGACUUGAUAGGGUGGGCGGUGAUGUGGGUUGGGGGGACUUGCACAAAUUGGAAAGAAUCACCCUGAAUUUUUGGCCACAAAAAACAAUGAAUCUUUCAAUCUGUAAUCAUAAAAAGAAUGUAUUUUUAUUUCCUUUCUGUUUUAACAGUAAGUUUGUUUGUAAGAUAAUUUAUCUGUAUAUGGAAACUUACUACUUUUGUGGCUAUCACAUUUUGAUCACAGAUCACUAUAUGUGUAAUCUUUCACUAUGAUUUGAGUUUUUAUCUGAAUAUAUUUGGUAUUUUUGCCUUUUUUUUUUUUCUUUUUUCUUUUUUCUUUUUUUUUUUGUACUAAAUAUUUUGAUCACAAUGAAAACCAGGUUUGUCCAUUCAUGACUGUGUAAAACACCCAUACCACACCAUAUAAAGGUUUUAUAAUCUUAUAUCUUUCCUGACUUAUUUUAAAUUGCAGUGAUUGAGUUAAUUAUGAGUUUGAAGUUUUUUGUGUUGGUACUCCGUCAGAGACCCUUUUGUCACUGUGUGAGGAACAGUGACAGCUGGGAUAAGCUCCAGUCCCCAGCAGCAAAUCACUGCGCUGGAUCGUUCAUCGGUAAAGUAUCUCUUGGGUUGGAAAUUCACUCUGUGAUUUCUUUACAUGGCAGUAGUUUGAAGCAAUACGUGUGCGUUCUCUAAAGAAUUUGCCCUGAUUUUCAGUUUGAGAAGAGAUUUCUUGACAUCUGUGUAGGGAGAUACUUUUGUACAUUAUUUUUCUUAAACUGUGUGUGUGUGUGUGAGAGAGUGACUUUUUUGAAGUUAAGUGCGUGCCACAGUCGGGCAGUUUUGUGUGAACAUUUUAUAUGAACUGGAAUCAACUGUAAAUAAUGUUGGCGAUUGUAAGAGGGGGAGCAUCUCAUGUUAACUAUGAAUCAACAUGAAACAUUCAAAAUCCUCUUUGUGAUGUGCACAAAAACUCACAGAACACAAGCAAAUAAAACUUCUCACAACACA